GCUCAUAUGUUUUCGCCGUAUUUCGCCCGAUAAACUUGUGGUUUGUGUUGUUUGUGUUUUUGUUGUGAAAUUGCGCUUAAACUAUGUUGGACGAUCUUGAUGACCGUACAUUAAAACUGUUUUGUUAACAUUCUGAAUUGAAUUCGGAAUAAUUAUUGCAUCAAUCAAUCGAUUUUAAAUGAUUGGUGUCUCGGAAAAUUUUGUUUCAAAUAAUCGGUCGAGUUAUCGCUGUACAGUACAGUUCGUAUUAAGACCACAAAAAGGCAUUGUGUUGUGCUCCUCUUUUAUUCUGAAUUUUUUAAACCUCAACUAUGUCUAAGACCCAAAUUAACGUUGUCAACAAACACGAUCGAACGGUGGUUCUGGUUGACAUGGACUGUUUCUAUUGUCAAGUGGAAGAAAAAUUGGAUCCAUCGCUCAAAGGGAAACCUAUUGCUGUGGUUCAGUAUAACGCUUGGAGAGGAGGAGGAAUAAUUGCUGUGAAUUAUGCCGCACGCGAUCGAGGUGUAACCAGGCAUAUGAGAGGUGAAGAAGCAAAAAAUCAUUGUCCAGAAAUUGAGCUAGUUAAGGUGCCGAGUGUCCGUGAAAAGGCCGAUCUAACGAAAUAUCGUGAAGCUGGAAAAGAUGUGGCAUCGGUACUACAAAGGUUUACCACAUUGCUGGAACGAGCCAGUGUCGAUGAGGCUUAUUUGGACAUAACGGAAAAUGUUCGGAAACGAUUCAAAGAGAUGAACGAUGGUACGUUCGUAUUGACGCCGGACAAGCUGACAAAUUGCUUUGCCGUGGGAUAUGAUCACAUCGGUGAUUUCGUACAAAAUCUGUCGAAGAAGGUUACGUUCAAAAAGGGCGCCGAUAAGGUGAAUGUGGAAGGAGGUGGUGACGAACAAGAGAAGCUGUUUACGAAAUAUGACAUCAAACUGCUGAUUGGUGCAUCGAUAGUAAAUGAGAUACGUGAAGCCGUCAAAAAGGAGACUGGUGAGUGUUGUUUCACAAGAACCGGUAAAGAUUUACCGCUCUUUGCACUUUUAGGCUUCGAAUGCUCGGCCGGAAUCGCACAUAACAAAAUUUUGGCCAAGCUCGUGUGUGGCAUGAACAAGCCGAACAAACAAACUGUUUUGCCGGUUAAAAACGUCAGUCUCCUGUUUAGUGACCUACCUCUGCAGAAGAUAAAAGGACUCGGAGGUAAAUUUGGCGAAGAUGUCUGCGACAAAUUGAAAAUCAAACUGAUGUCGGAACUGAGUUCAUUUUCUCUAACUGAACUGCAGAGAACAUUCGACGAUAAAACUGGACUGUGGCUGUUUCAGAUGGCCCAAGGUAUUGAUUUGGAAGCUGUUACUCCGAGGUUUGCAUCGAAAUCGAUCGGGUGCUGUAAGAAAUUCCCAGGUCGAAAUUCCAUUAAGGGAAUAGCAACGCUAACGCACUGGUUAAAUGAGUUGGCGACUGAAAUCGUCGAACGAUUGGACAAGGAUGAAAUUGAAAACAGUCGAGUAGCAAAACAAAUUGUCGUUAGUUUUACACAGAAAUUCAGUACCGAGGAAGUGGCCAGUACUCGAUGCGUUCCACUAAAUGAUAUUGAUGUGGAGAAGAUCGCUCACGAUGCCUUGGAUGUUAUUAAGAAGAACACCGACGUUUUCUUCAAAAACGAACAGAAUACGGUCAUUUUGAAUCCGAUCACCCUGCUGGGCAUAAGUGCCGGAAAGUUCGAGGACAUUAACCAGCAAAAGAGAAAUACGAUCAGGGACCUGUUUAGCAAGGCAAUCACCAAUGAAAGCACGAAAAAAACGGAGAUCGAUUCAAGUGAACCUGUUAAUGGUCCGGAAGCACGUAAGGCAGCCGAUAGCAAACCUUCGAGCAUUAAAUCAUUUUUUACGGCCGCAAAAGAUGUUGCUGAAGAGAAUAAUCAAAAGAAUGAAGUAGAUCCCUCCAUUGACAAUGAAUUCGAUUGCAAUAGCAACAGUUCAGUGGACAUGUUAAUCACCAACGCUGCAGCAGAUUUGAAGACGAUACAUGAGGGCGAUACGAUCACCGUUGCAGCAGAUUCGCCACCAGUACAAGACAUAACAGCAACAGAGGUCAAUGACACCAUGUCCACUUUCGAUUCAAAUGAAAGGAAUGAAAGGACGGCCAGUUCUUCGGUUGCCUUCCCCGAAAAUGUCGAAUCACAACAGCCGGGUCCAUCAGGUCAAUCCGAUUACAAAUCGAGUUAUGUUGAAUAUCUUCGGCCUGACAUACCCGACGAGUUCUUCGAAACAUGUUCACAAUGCCACAAGAAACUUUUGACCGUAGAAAUGCAAUCCCAUCUGGACAUGCAUCUUGCGUUCCAACUGAGUGAGGAACAACGCAUAGAGUUUCGUUCUCAGUUGAAGACGAAAACGUCGUCAGCAUCGCCUCCAAUUGCUAAAAAAGCCAAACUCGAUCGAAACGCCAAUCUGAAUUCAUCGAGUUCGGGCGGCAGUAAAGUGAGUCGAACCACAGAUGCAACAGGUGCUAACGGCAAGGGAGUAUUGACCAAGUAUUUUGUAGCGAAAAAGGAUGAGGCACCAGAGUCGUCGGUUCAGUGUGACGAGUGUGGAAAGUUCAUUCCCAUCGAAGGUGUUGUUGAACAUUCCGACUACCAUACGGCCAAGAAAUUGCAAAUGGAAAUCAAUUCGCUGAACGUGGCUCCGUUGGUUGGUAGUGCAGUAGGCCAAAAUCCGAAAACAAAAUCCCGAACCGAUCCAUCGACGGCGAAGAAACGAAGCAUAGCUUCCUUCUUCAAAGCCGCAAAUUGAUGUGCCUCUUAGUGUUACGCCUUGGUUUUGUAAAUUUCUGUUUUUAGGUUCGAAAAAUGUCUACCUCAGUCUCGUUGUGUAAUAAAAUUGCGGGUUCAAAAUG